AAUACCCAACCCAAAUACGAACAGACACAUACUACGCAUCAAGAGCAUUGGAAGAUAGAAAACAUGGCACACAAUUAUAUCCUGCAGGUGACGGCAGGCUCUGAAUAUGACAUCACCAAACACCAGAUUGUGCCCGUCAACAAUCCCAAGCCCAUCACCAUAUCCUCAGAGCUUAUGGAUGUUGAUCUCAACGUGCGAGUCCAAGAAUACAGAGGCCUCCCCCGUUCUUCCCCUCAAACGAGCCCCUACUUCUCCCUUCCAGAGCACACGAAAGACCAAUACAGCAUAACCUUCAAAUUCACCCCCAAGACCUCCAUAUCAGCAGAUGACUUGGUAUUCGGCAAUGAUUUCGACCACCCGAUCCGUGACCGCUUGCCGCCUGGAUUCGGUACAGCCCUCCGGAUCGUGAGAUGGGCCGUCGAUCCUGGGCUGGAUGGGGAUGUGUAUGCGGAGAAGCCGUAUUUGUAUGGGCCUGCUGCUAGCAGUGUGAACACACUGCAUGUUGGUUCCAUGGCGGAGAACCAGGAUGCAGAGGCGGGAUUGGUGUUUGAGGAGGGUGGUGAUGCGGAGGGAUUGGAGCAUCGCCAGGAGAGCGGCAUUCCUGAUGAUACGGCGGCGCGCAAGAAGUACUUUUUGAACGAGGAGAAUAGGAAGGCGUGGGAAUGGGAGGCGGGUAGGACGUAUGGAUGUGAUUUCUUCAAUCCUUAUUUGGAUUUCAAUGGUAUUUUCCCUUCCCCCAGCAUCAUUGCCCCUAAACUAAUGGCCUUCAUAGAGUUCGCCCUCAACCUUCCUGGCUUCAAACUUCGUAUUAUGAAAUACUGGGAUGGUCAAGGUCUAAGGAAACAACAGAAGCGCUCACAUACGCUCAGAUAUGUGCUCAAGAACCGCAAGACCGACACCGUGCUCUUUGUCGUACUCUUCACGCUGUAUUUGAAGGAAGAUGUGCUUGAGGAUGGCACUUUGAAGGAUGGUGUUGAGGGUGGCAAGCCGCUGCAUCUUAUGAGUGGUGCUGAUCGGGAACGGUAUGAGAAGGCGAAGACUGGUGGAGAUGAGGGGGAGGAAGAGGGAGAGGAUGAAUUCGAACUUGCGAAGCAGAAUAGGCCGUCGAAUGGAGUUGUAGAUACGGAUGAUGAUGAUGUUGAUUGA